CUUGGUAUUUGUCACUUGUAAGCUGUCAGCGUGUUCUUAGUUGCCUCUGUUUGCAUCGUUCUUUUGGACGACAGCGUCAACAACGGAUGUGGCUGUUCGUUUGGUGCUACAGCUGUGCUCACUGGAGUUGUUUGUCAAGUUGGUUGUGCGGCCAGGGUCCUAGGUCAGGAUGGCAGGAUAUGGCGACAACCGCGACAACGGAGGCAGAAAUCGUGAUCAUGGUGGCGGUGGAAGAGACUGUCGCGGCUUUCGCGAGUACGGGAGUGGACACCGCGGAUAUGGGAGUGGUCGCGGUGAAGGUAGUGACAGGGGAUUUGGCGGCGACCGAAGGACUGGGAGUGAGAGAGGAUAUGAUCGGGGUCCUCGGCGCGGUGCCCUGAUCUGCUUUAACUGUGAUGAGCCCGGCCAUUACGCAAAUCAGUGUCCUCUUCCGAAGCGGAACGGCGUUCCAGCCUCAUCAGCACACCGGGGCGGCCUCAGCCCACCAGGGAGACCAAGUUUCAGUAGGAGACCGCAACAGACUGAUCCGCUGGAAUCCAAGGUCGCGGAGAUCGGGAAGACCGUGGCAGCGGUGUGCCAAUUCGUGGAAGUUGAACAACAGAAGAAGGCAGCAAAAGAACGCAGAAAAGCGGAGAAGAAAGAGGCUGAGGAACGCGUUAAGGCGGAACGCGCUGCUGCUCUACUUAGGAAACAGAAAAAGGAAGAAAAGAUUCGUAAGGAAGCUGAAAGCAAGGAAGAGUUACACAAGAGCUUAGAUGUGAGAAUGGCGGUUCGGGUGAGUGAACUUCGUGAGGAUGUACGGGAGGACGUCCGUCAGGAGAUUCGCGACGCUAUCGGGGAGCUGUGCUUGGCGGUGUCGUGCGUGAAGCAAAAAGCGGUAGAACCUUCCGAGACGGCCGCAGAAAGCAGCGCUAGUAGCAGUGAGACAGAGGAGCUGAGCAUGCGUACUCGUACCCUAUGCAUCUCGAAAAAAAGGAAACAGGGACCUGAUGUGGCUUGCGAAGGCAGUCCCCCGAUGGAGCUCCCUGCCAAGCGCACUCCGAGACGUGCAGCACGACCUGGGGGAUUUGCUGGCAGACUGACGAGAGCUAAAUCACGGACACAGAAGACGCCCACACCGAAAAAGACGCUGCCAUCUAUCCGGAAGAAGACUCCGGCUGCCAUCGGCAUAGUCGGACGUCUGAGAUUCGAGAAGCGAGUGAUGAAGGACCUAAAGAACUUGGAUGUGUUGGUCCUACAGAACAUCUGUAAAGACAAAGGGAUACCGUACAACGGUAAGUUCGAAGCCAUUUUUGGUAUCGUCGCUAAGCGCACCCAGGUUGCGUAUGGCAGUGAUGAUGAAGAGGAGGCGGUAAUCUUGCCCGGAACGGGUACUGACGUGGAGGGUAAUGUCAAGGAGUGAUGUGCCCUCAGUAUUGCUGACUUGUGGAGUAUUGUACGGUGCCUUACUCAUUUACGUACUUUGAUUAACGGUA